AAAAAGAUUUACCUAAUCACUUCAGCCUUUACAACACUAUAAUGAGAUCACUUGGGUAAUCAGUGUGCAUAACCCUUGGUGACCUUUAACCUCAGAACUAUUUUUGUGUCAGCCAUAUUUGUCCGAAUUCCAAGUCGUCUGGACUUCAAAGGAAGAAAUCCCUUUCGUCUUUCCUCAACCUGUAAGGGUAUACAUCAGCAUGUCCAGACAAAAGGAACUAAUAUGUUGUGGCCUCUCACGCGAGGUGACCAUAGCAGUCCUCCCCAGACUAAACAUGGAAGAGCUGAUGUUUGAACUCAACAGAAGGAUUCAAAACCUGGACAAAGAGAACAGCAUCAAGGACAGGCUGGUCAGUAUCCUUAGGGACGUGAUGUUGGAGGAAUACCGUCAAUUGGAAAGUAUGUCAGACUCAGAAGUAAGUUCUCCAGAUCAAACAACCAUACCCAUGCAAGGCCAGAAGACAACCAUGCAAGAGAACACUACGACUGCAGAGUCUUUAAGUCCUGAUGCCUCACAGCAAAGUUUUGGACUGGAAUUUGUGAUAAAGAAGGAACGUGAUACAAGCAGUGAAAUGCUCAUGCAUACAAAGCCAAAUGAGCUCGUGUUGGAAAGCAAUAAACCCGGUGAGGAAGAACCUUCGGCUUCUUGUCAUCUGCUUCCUGACAACGGUGACGUACCUUUGGAAAUGGAAUGCCAUGUGUUUGAAGAUGAUCAAAUAAGGCAAAUGUCUCAAGCAUCAAACCCAGAUCAAACUGAAGGCAAUGCUGAUGGCAGAGAGACUGGUUUCAUUAACGUCGGACUUGACCAAAGUGGAGAAGAAAGUAAUGAGGAAAGUAGUGAAGAAACACCAUUCACACACAGUUUCUCCAAGCAAAGGAAAUGCAACAAACAAGAAAAGCCUUUCAUGUGUGGCGAAUGUGGUUACAGGGCACGGCAUAAGUACCAGCUUGUUGGACACAUGAGAACACACACAGGAGAAAAAUCAUUCAAGUGUAAUCAAUGCAGCUAUAAGACAUCAUUUAAAAGGAAUCUAGAUAAGCAUAUGAAUAGACACACAGAAGCAGAGUCUUACAGCUGUGAACUCUGUGUGUACCAAACCUUCCGUAAGUCAGCCUUUGAGGCACACAAGAUGGGCCACACUGGUGUGAAACCCUACAAAUGCGAGGAAUGUGACUACAGUACAGCGUAUAAGAGCGAUCUUAUUAAACACGGGAGACGUCACACCGGUGAGAGACCCUACAGUUGUCAAAAGUGUGACUACAAGGCAACCGUCAUUUCCAAUCUGUUUUCUCAUAUGAGAAAGAAACACCAGUGAAACUACUUUCAGUUACUAGUACCAGAUAGAAAUAACGUCAUGAAUUUGUUUGUUAGGAAAUAGUUUUUUAUGAUUUGUUUAUCUACCUCCUAUAAACCAGAUAAAAAUGUGCUUGAUGUUUCUUCUAUUUAUUCCUUUAAAUUAUUCAUCUAUAUUUUUGCUUAUGUUAGGGUAGAUCAGUGCAGUGACUUUACACAAGGUUUAAGAGUUUCCUUGUCAAAUGGUUAUUAGAUAAUUGCUCACUUUUAAAGCGUGCAUAGUUUCUUGGAAAUAUUGUUUUUUUAUUUUUGGCUACGCCUCAAGGGCGAAGGCAUUCUUUAUCAUUGUAGUAUCAGUAAAGAAUUUUUGCACUAAUGCAUUCCCCCAGAGAAUCGCUUCUGAAUUCGGCUUUCCCAUGGAGGAAUUUUGAGGGAAUUGGAAUGUCUAAUUUCAUUGUGCUUAUUUAGGCAAUAUAAACAGGGUUUUGUUUGUGCAUUCAGUUAUCCAAUGUUAUCUAUGUAUUCAUGUAGUGGUGCCAUAGUUCUGUCGGUUUAUUUUGUAUUGUAGUCGUCUCUGUUGCUUAGGUUUUUUUUGCGUAGAAAAUGUCAUAGUCUGUAUAGACUGACUGACAGACAGACAGACUGAUUGAUAUGAUUUCUAUUUAGGGCUUGUUUUAUUUGUCUUACAAUGAUUUAGUGCAAAGUUUGUAUCUGCAUAUAUGUACACACUGUACUUACAGAGAAGUAAAAAUAAGCACAAUAAUGUGAACAACACAAUAGACGUCAUGUAUUCUGGUACAUGUACUACUUUCCAGUGAUAUCAAAUA